AUGCGCUGGGGACCCGACAGAGCCCGGUCGCUGAGCUGUAACGGGAGACUGCACUAGUUGCGACACGGAGCUGGACUUGAACGAAGACCAACCGAGGCGCACCUACCAGUCCUUACCGUUUCUUUGUUUUAUGCCAUUAUGGUUUGAACUUUGCGUUCCUGUGAUUCUUAAUCUACUAAAAUGCUGUCAGAAUUUGGACCUGGAUUCUGGGGAAGAAAACUCCGCAUUUAACUGAACCCAAUAUUUUUGCCUCUUCAUCGUCUGACUUAUGAGAAGCUUUUUUUUUCAAAACCAGCAAAGAAUACACUCGGAGUUUUAUUCAUUAUAACAAACAAACAAAAACCACAGAGAACUUCCUAUCUGUUAAACAUAUUUAGUAUGAUUUUAUUUUUUUUCGAAUGACAUUUGACCUUGUGAGGUUUUUGGCAGACGGCUGGUCAUCUGUGGGGAUUUGGGGAUUACACUUUUGGGAAGCACUUAAUAUGUGGAAAUCACUGGACCACGUAUUUAAAGAUACCUUUUAACAGAAUACCUUGAAAAAAGGAUCUCCCGCAGAGUGAUAAGUGAUCCACCUCCAUGAAAUUUGAUUAGAUAAAAAAAAAACAUGUUUUUUUAAUCUAAGCACAGGAUCAAUUAAAGAACAGUGUCUCACCCUAAAGCCCUUGAGUGUCAAUACUUUGUAUUAACUUCACGACCUGUCAUUGAAGGAAAAGACUGCACUUUUCGUUUUUGUUUGUUCAAUUUGUUCUCUGAAUGUGGAUUCUUUGAGACUUGCAAAACUGUAUUUGGAAACCAAUCUUUACCCCAUAGCUUGCUUGCUAACAGUGAGAACAGGAGAGAAGAUUUUAUCACAACUAAACUGAAAUUUCUUAGUUGAAAGGCAAGUGUACUGAUUCAGCUAUUUUUCAGCAAAUAUUACUUUUAUUAACAGGUUGUUUUUUUUUUUUUUAAAUUAAACUAAAAUCUUUCAGGGGAUUAGGAAAAAAAAACACUCCAUCUUGUUAUCAUGAGGAAAACAAAUCGCAGAAGUUGCAGAUUCACUGCAGAGCUUGGAAGAAGUUUGGACAUGCAUUUAUCAUCCUGUCAGUAGAAGUGGUUUUAAAGACAGAUUUAAAGAAAAGCUUUUGUGACAGACUGACACCUCCAUCACUUAUCCCCAUAAAACAGUAUCAGCAGCCUGGCAGCAGUCCCUUCUCUGAUCAUCCUUCCAAUAGAUUAGCUGUUUGUGUGACAGUCCAGCAUGGCUUCUUGGAGUGAGCAGGCAUGUUUUCCCAUCACCAGUGGUGGUCCCAUCAAUGUUAACAACAACAUCAGCUUCUGCAACCGGAAGACAGCUCCCUAUUCCCCCGAAGCUACUGCUGUCUUCGCUACAGUGGUCACCUUUAUGAUCUUCUUCACAAUCUUUGGGAACGUUCUGGUGAUUAUCGCCGUGCUGACAAGCCGCUCCCUGAAAGCCCCGCAGAACCUCUUUCUGGUCUCGUUGGCCGCUGCUGACAUCCUGGUCGCCACCCUGAUCAUCCCUUUCUCUCUGGCGAACGAGCUGAUGGGCUACUGGUACUUCAAGACUGUGUGGUGUGACAUCUUCCUGGCCCUGGAUGUCCUGUUCUGCACCUCCUCCAUCGUCCACCUCUGUGCCAUCAGCCUGGACCGCUACUGGUCUGUCUCACAGGCCAUUGAGUACAACUCCAAACGCACCCCUCGCAGGAUCAAGUGCAUCAUCCUUAUUGUGUGGCUGAUUGCUGCCUUCAUCUCCUUCCCUCCCCUGAUAUCCAUGAACAAGAAGAAGGCCCAGCCCGGGGAGGAUGCAUACCCUCUGUGCGAGCUCAACGAUGAGAAGUGGUACAUCCUCUCCUCCAGCAUCGGCUCCUUCUUCGCCCCCUGCAUCAUCAUGAUCCUGGUCUACAUCAGGAUCUACCAGAUCGCCAAGCAGAGGACCAGGCAGCUGCCCGGGGAGCACGCCAAGGCCGGUGCAGCGAUGCAGAAGCCGGCCGGCACGGAGGACAAGAUCAAUAUUGUGCCCGACACCAACCAAAACGGGCACCACCACAACCAGCACCUCAAACCGAGCUCCUUGCCAGCACAGGACGAAAGUGCAGUGCUGCAAAACGGACAUCAAAGAAGCUCCUCCUUUCCCCCAGCCCAUCUCCAGGUGCCCACUCCAGAAAUCCAACUACAACAACAGCCCCCAGUGCCUUCCCACCUUUCUUACUCUCCAAAGGAGGGUUCCAUGAAACUCCAGGAAGCUCCAGGACCUUGCAUCGAACCGGGGUGCCUUUCCGCCGGUGGCCAGCAGGCAAGCACAGGGAGUGGAGUUGGAAGAGAGGGAAGGGGGUGUCAGGUGGUGGCCCCCAAUAAAAAAGGGGAGAACUUAGAUGAUUCCACUUCCAGUUCAGAGCCAGGCGACGCCGACCUUGUCGAGGGAAUUAAUGGGAAAAAAGGGGAUGUCGUACAUGAAGGGGUUGACGGCGAUAUCUCCCCAGGCAACAACAGAGUCGAGGGCACCCCACCAACCCCCAUCAAAAUCGGGGACACCAUCGCCACAGCAAGAGGGGAGAUCAUCCUGGUGAGCAAGCAGGCUACCCCGAGCGCCAUCCGCCGCAAAGCCAUGCAGAACCGGGAGAAGAGGUUCACCUUCGUGUUGGCAGUGGUGAUCGGGGCAUUCGUGGGCUGCUGGUUCCCUUUCUUCUUCCUCUACAGCUUGACGGCCAUCUGCCCUGCUACCUGCCAGGUCCCAGAGGCCGUCUUCAAGUUCUUUUUCUGGAUCGGGUACUGCAACAGCUCCCUGAACCCCGUAAUCUACACCAUCUUCAACCAGGACUUCAGGAGGGCUUUCAAGAAGAUCCUCUGUAGGGGAAACAUCAAGGGAACCUUUUGUUGACAGUUUUCUGCCGAUAUGAAACCUUAUGGGUCACCUGAGCUAGGCUGACAGUCAUCUAUCUGAUCUGCAUUCCAUCAGACAGCCAGUAAAGAGAAUAUUACCGUUCUGUUUUUGCAGUUCAAAGAAUGACAAAUGCACCUCCAUAGGCAGACCUUUUUUGUGAGAGCUGGUUGGUUCAUCUUUUACUGUAGGUAUAGGAGACAGUGAUACACAGACCAGAAUCUAGAUUGCUUUUCUGGAAAGAAGGGGACAUGUGUGUUGUGAGGGUGCCCUGGAGACUCUGCUUCAUUGCAUGUGCCAUGCGUUCGAAGCCUGUUUUAAGGAGAGCUGACCAAUGGUCUAUUAGCUCUAGCAAUGUGUCAGUAUCCCCCAUUUUUCUUCUGUUCAAGAUCGUUUUUUGUUUUUUGUUUUUUUUUAUUGUGUGUUUUUAUUUUGCUCAAUUUGGAAUUACAUUGUAGAUGAAAAGUUGCUGCUGUUGCUUCCUGGUACCUAAUCAUGUGUUGUAACUGAAAUUCACACCAUUGGCCCAGCUGCUGUCAUCAGACCAUGUGAUCAUCAGCAAGGGUACCAGGAUGCAGCAGUUUAUUAAUAGAUUUUUUUUU